UUGAAUUGUCGAUUUCUUUUUUCAUAUUAUAUUUUCAUGUUCUUGUUGUUUUAUUUAAAAUAAACGGUUUAUAAAUAUAAUAAUAUACAAUGUCUAAAAAAAGGGGCAAUAAGAAAAACCAAGACUUAGAAGAUCUAGAAGAGAAGAAAGCCUUGAGUGUAGAAUCACAGGACAUAACCUCUAAAAGUAAGGCUAAGGGUAAAAAGAAAGGUAAAGGCAACGUCGAUGUUAGUGACGACGACGAAAUUUUAAAGAACAAAUUUUCUGAUGAGGAAGAUAUUCCGAAACCGGUGAAAAAGUCGCAGAAGAAAGUUAAAAAGAAGGGUGAAGCUUUAUCAGAUAAUGAAGAGGAUGAUGACAAAUCUAUCGUCAGCAAUGCAACAAGUACAGCUUCAAAAACAGGAGCUAAACAACCCAAGAAGAAAAAAGGUAAAGGUAAGAAAGAUGAUUGGUCUGGUGAUGAAAAGGAUGUAGAAUUAAAGGUUGACUCUGAAGAAGAAAUUGUGCAACCAGUUAGUAAAAAGAAAGGCAAGAAUAAAAAGAAGUCUGCAGCAGAGGAAUCAGAAUCUGAAGAAGAUAUGGAAGUGGAUGAACCAGAGGACACUAAGCCAGUAUCCAGUAAUACUCGCUCAAAGAGUAAAAAAGCAGCUAAAAGCAAGAAAGAAGAUUGGCCUGAAGAAAAAGAGGAGAAAGAGGAAAGUGAUAAAGAAGUAAAGGCAGACUCUGAUGAAGACAUAUUGAAACCCAUUGUUAAAAGUAAAGAUAAGAAAAAGAAGAAAAAUAACAUGGAUGAUAUUGAGGAGGAAUUGAAGAAAUUUGAAAUUAAAGACUCUGAACCCGAAGAGGAAGUUGAGAAAAAGGAAAAAGUGCCUGAAAAAUCCGAUGCAGGGGAAAAGAAAAUGAGUCACAAGGAGAAGAAAAAAUUGAAGAAGCAACAGGAGUACGAGAAACAGAUGGAGAUGAUGACGAAGAAGGGUGGGCAGGGCCACAGCGACCUGGACGCCAACUUCACAGUCAGCCAGGCACAGAAAACUGCCGGUCAGAUGGCAGCACUAGAGAAUGCGGUGGACAUAAAAGUGGAAAACUUUUCAAUCGCCGCCAAAGGCAAAGAUCUGUUUGUGAAUGCCAACCUGUUGAUAGCGCACGGUCGUAGGUACGGUUUGGUCGGUCCCAACGGCCACGGCAAGACCACACUGUUGAGGCAUUUGGCCCAGCGCGCCUUCCCCCUGCCACCGCAUAUAGACAUACUUAUCUGUGAACAAGAAGUAACCGCCAGUGACAUGAGCGCAGUGGACACUAUUUUGGAGGCGGAUGUUAAGAGAACAGAACUGAUGAAAGAAUGUAAAGAAUUGGAAGCUGAAAUCGAAAAAGGUGAUCUCAAGAAACAGGACAGAUUAAACGAGGUGUACGCAGAAUUGAAAGCCAUAGGCGCCGACUCCGCGGAGCCGAGAGCGCGCCGUAUACUGGCCGGUUUGGGCUUCAGCCGGGAAAUGCAGAACAGAGCCACCAAAAACUUCUCAGGAGGUUGGCGUAUGAGAGUGUCUUUAGCGAGAGCUCUGUAUGUGGAACCAACUUUACUACUUCUCGAUGAACCUACAAACCACUUGGAUCUCAACGCUGUAAUUUGGUUAGACAAUUACUUACAAGGCUGGAAGAAGACGCUGCUAGUCGUUUCUCACGACCAGUCCUUCUUAGACAACGUUUGUAAUGAAAUCAUACACUUGGACCAACAAAAGUUAUUCUACUACAAGGGCAACUACUCAAUGUUCAAGAAAAUGUACGCACAAAAACGGAAGGAAAUGAUCAAGGAGUAUGAAAAACAGGAGAAGAGACUUAAAGAGUUGAAGGCCCACGGACAGUCGAAGAAGCAAGCUGAGAAGAAACAGAAGGAGGCUCUAACCCGCAAGCAGGAGAAGAACCGCAGCAAGAACCGCGAGGAAGAGGCGGAGGGCGCGGCGCCGGUGACGUUGCUGCAGCGCCCCAAGGAAUACAUCGUCAAGUUCUCCUUCCCCGACCCGCCGCCGCUGCAGCCGCCCAUCCUGGGACUGCACAACGUGGACUUCAACUUCCCCGGGCAUAAGCCGCUGUUCCGCGGCGUGGACUUCGGCAUAGACCUGAGCAGUCGUAUCGCCAUCGUGGGCCCCAACGGCGUCGGCAAGUCCACCUUCCUCAAGCUGCUGGUGGGCGACCUGAGUCCCGUGCGCGGGGAACUUAUCAGGAACCAUCGAUUGAGGAUAGGUCGCUUCGACCAGCAUUCCGGUGAACAUCUAACGGCAGAAGAAUCUCCGGCGGAGUACCUACAGCGUUUAUUCGGGCUGCAGUAUGAGAAAGCCCGCAAGGCGCUCGGCACGUUCGGGCUGGCCUCGCACGCACACACCAUCAAGAUGAAAGACCUCAGCGGAGGACAGAAGGCCCGAGUGGCCUUGGCCGAGCUGACCUUGAUGGCACCUGAUGUGGUUAUAUUGGACGAGCCGACGAACAACCUGGACAUCGAGAGCAUCGACGCGCUGGCGGAGGCGAUCAACGAGUACAAGGGCGGCGUCAUCAUCGUUUCGCACGACGAGCGCCUCAUCCGCGAAACGGACUGCACGCUGCACGUCAUCGAGGACCAGACCAUCAACGAGGUUGACGGUGAUUUCGACGACUACAGGAAAGAGCUGCUGGAGAGUCUCGGAGAAACCAUCAACUCGCCUUCCAUUAUCGCCAACGCCGCCGUCCAACAGUAGACCUUAUGCACACGAGAUUAGAGUCAUUAUUAAACGUGGAAUUAAAUUGCGCCAUUACUUGAGAAUACUCAAUUCAGUACUCUCAUUACAGUACUGAAAUUCAACAAUAAUACAGCUUC